AUGAAGCUAUUCGAAGACGACGAUGUCACUGCCGAGGAUAUAUCCAACAUUGAGAUUGACCAGGAGUUCGCCCGGCGGUACGCGCACAACAAGAAGCGGGAGGAUCUCCAGCGGUACGAGGAGCUGAAAAAGAGUGGCCGAAUCGACGACGACGAUUCGGAAUCAGACUCCGAGUCGUCGGACGACGAGGCUGCCGAUAUCGCUGGCGCCAACAAGAAGAAGGACAUCAAGUUCUUCGAGAAUCUGCUCAAGGUAAGGAAGCAAGACCCUUCUCUGUACCAGAAUGUUCCAAUCUUUAGCGAUAGCGAGGGAGAAGAAGAAGGAGAGGACGAAGAGAAGGGCCGGGAUGAUGGUAAGGUUGAUGAGAAGCAGAAGGAUGAGAGCAAGAAGAAGAGGAAGUCAAUGUACUUGAAGGAUGUUGUGGCCAAGAACUUGAUCGAAGAUGGCCCUGAAUUUGAUGGUAUGGAGACUAGAGAGGGGAAGAGAGGGAAGACUUACAAUGAAGAACAGGAGGAAUUGAGGAACCAGUUUCUAGAUGCUGUGAAGGAUGCCGUGGGCGAGGAUGACGGGGAAGGGGGAGGAGAAUUCUUGAAAUUGAAGGAUAAGGGGAAUGAAGGGAUUGGUGAGGAUGAUGAGGUGUUAGAGGCGAAAUUGGGGGAGUACUUUGGCCCUCAGGAAGAGUUGGAUGAGAACAAGAUGUUUCUGAUGGAGUUCUUCAAGAAUAAGAUGUGGGCUGAAAAGGGUAAUAACGGUAGGGAAAAUGGUUUCGAGCUCGAUGACAUCGAUGAGAUAGAUGGGGAGGAGGUAGAAAGGCAGGAAGAGUUUGAAGGGAAGUUUAAUUUUAGACAUGAAGAGAACAAAGGGGAUAGGGUGAUGGGUCACUCUAGGUUUGUAGAAGGUGCUAUUAGGAAAGAGGAGAAUCCGAGGAAAGGGCAAAGGAAGAGGAAGGAGGAGAGGAUGAAGGAGGCCGAGAUUCGGCGAAAGGAGGAGUUGAAGCACUUGAAGAAUUUGAAGAAGAAAGAGAUGGAUGAGAGGCUCCAAAAGGUUAUGGAGGUUGCAGGUAUUAAAAGUGGCAAUGGUGCAUUGGAUUUGGAUGAGUUGGAGGAUGAUUUCGAUCCUCAGAAGUAUGAUAAGAUGAUGAAGAAGGCUUUUGAUGAUGGGUAUUACGAAGCUGAAGAUGCUGAUCCUGGGUUUGGCAGUGCUGGGGAUGAUGAUAGUGAUAUCGAGAAGCCAGAUUUUGAUAAAGAGGAUGAGUUGCUUGGACUUCCUAAAGGCUGGGACACAGCUGAUAAUGAGGAUGGCUUUGCAUCUACUCGGGAAAAGAUUUUGAAAGAGAAGGGUGAGAGUGAUGAUGAUAAUGAUGAUGAUGAUGAUGUUGAUGAUGAUGAACAGGAAGAAGGGAAAGAGGAAGGUAAAAAGGAUGAAAGGGAGGAUGGAGGUAAAAGGAAGAAGCAAAAACGCAAGCUGUCCUUGCUUCAGAAAACCAAGCAGGAAUUGCUGGACGAGUACUAUAAAUUGGAUUACGAGGGGACAAUUGGAGACCUAAAGACGAGGUUUAAGUAUGCUAAAGUGAAUCCUAACAAAUAUGGACUGAAGACGGAGGAUAUAUUGUUGUUAGAGGACCAAGAUUUGAACCAGUAUGUGUCUGUGAAAAAGCUUGCCCCUUACAGAGAGAGCGAGUGGAAGGUUCCCAGCAAUCAGAAGAACCAGUAUAAGAUGAAGGUUAAGGAGUUGAAGAAUAACCUCAACAUCCGAAAGGUUAGCAAGAAGAAUCAUAACCCAAAGGUCGAUAGUAAUAACAGUGAAGGAUCAACUUCAGCUGGCCUAUCCAGGAAAGCGAAGAGAAGGCAGAACCAAGCACAUCUCAAGUUGUCUCAUGGUAGGCUCUUAGCAUAUGGGAAGGUUCAGCCUAGUGCUAAAAGCAAGAAGAAAGUCUGA